AUGGGCGACGACUUCCAGUCCCUCCCCGUGCUUGACCUCUCGCGCCUGGAGACCGACAAGGAAGCGCUCCUCGCCGAGCUCCGCCAUGCGUUGAUCCAUGUUGGGUUCUUUUACAUUGUCAACCACGGUGUGACAAAGGAUCUCAUGGACGCGACGACUUCAAAAGCAAUCGAUUUCUUUGACCAGGACCUCGACGCCAAGCUCACUGUGGACAAGAUCUACUCACCCACCUUUCUCGGGUACAGCACACAGGGCAACGAGAUUACAAAGAACAAGAAAGACAACCGGGAACAGUACGACUUUGCAAACGACCUGCCCGACCCUUGGUCACCUGGCAAGCCCGAGUUCCUGCGGCUUACGGGACCCAACCUGUGGCCUGCCGAUGUGCCCGGCUUCAAGGACACGAUCGGGUCGUUCUGGACGGCGGCGCACGGCCUUGCCGAACGUCUGGUGAGCCUCACCUCUGAAGCGCUCGGACUCGGCCCCAACGGACUGGACGACUAUGUGGUCAAGGGCCAACAGCACCGCGCCAAACUCAUCAAGUACCCAGCUGUCGACGCCCUGUCACCUGUGGACGGUACGCAAGGUGUGGGCGCACACCGGGACACGGCCAACCUCAUUACGCUCCUGUACCAGGCCAACAUGGGCGGCCUCGAGGUGCAGAACCACGCUGGCGAGUGGAUAAACGCACCGCUCAAGGAGGGAGCCUUCAUCGUCAACAUUGGCACGGGACUCGAGUACCUCGUCCACGAGACGGCCAUUGCCACCACACAUCGGGUGACCAACCCACCGGCGGGCAAGGGCCCGCGCUACUCCAUCGCCUACUUCCACGGCACCCGGCUCGACACGGUGCUGCGGCCGGCCAACGUGCCAGACGAGGUGCUCGCCCAGAAGCCGACGAAUGUUGUGACGGACACGAAGGGAUUCCAGUAUGCCCAGCUGUAUGCCGAGGACCCGGGGACGUAUGCGCUUGUCAACCGCAUGAGCUCGCAUCGUGAUGUGGCCGCCAAGUUUUACCCGGCUGUGGCCAAGGCGCACGGCAUGGAUCUCAACAUUGGCAACAGCGGGUACUAG